GACCGGAAACAGGACUUUCAUGCAGCUUCCUCAAGUUCUCCCAGCUUUGAAUGUCUUGGUUGGGGAGAGUUAUCCACGGCGACCGGCAAUAAGUAUAACAUCGCCCACCAUCCUCGCAUCAUGGCAUGAUGUAUAUGCCAUAGCAGGAUGAGCUCCGACGAUGUCCUCUAGCACCACCACGACCCAGCUGGGCCGCCAAUUCUGGACCUCAUUCCGCGAAUCCGUCGAUAUACUUGCUUCACGGCUGCCGCUCCACCAGCGGCCGUUACACCGGCUGGGAUUUGCGCAGUCCUUGCCUCGACCAGUUCAAGCCUCGACAACUCGAUCCUUCCACACCUCGCGAUGGUUUCCGCUUCCCUCUAGCUCAAAGGUUCCCCCGAAAAACAUUAGGAGGAGCUGUACGUCGGGUGGCUUACUCCUGCUCGGCCUGACCUCCAAUUCCUCCUCGGGCCCCUCGGUUGUCGCAACAUGCACAGCAGCGACUGACUCUGCAAUCAUUGCGGGUGGCGUGCAGAAAGCAAAUAUCAGCAGCUUGGCCCGGCAGGCAUGGCAUCGGACAAGUCAGACGGGUGGGCGAGCAACAAGAGCCAGGCCCGGGAGGCGGAACAGGAGUUCAAAAUCCGAGGGCGAAGGAUCGAAGAACGCUGCGGCUGCGGGAAAGCCGGAGGGCCGGGAACCCACGACAGGCCCAGGCCAUGAUCCCCACGCUGCCGAGCAUGAGUCUUUGACGAACUCGAUGUCGAAAUACCUGCACCUCCCUAAGCUUCCACAUCGCCCUACCAAGGAGGAGUUGCUGGCUGCGGCAAACGGCUUCUGGGACCGGUUGAAAGUGCGCUUCAAAUGGUUCUCCAUCAGGAGCAUGCGCCCAUGGAAUGUCGACGAAUGGGGAGCUUUCGUCUCCUGGUUUCUUUUUGGGCACCUGGUUUGGAUCCUCGUUGGGACGACAACAUUCUUCUCACUCAUCAUACUGUUUAUCAAUACCGUAUUUGCCCAAGAAACCCUGGCAAAGUGGAUCGGAGACUACCUAACGGGGUCCGCCGGCCUCACCGUCGUAUUCGAAUCGGCCAUCGUCCCCAAGUGGAAGGAUGGCGUUAUCACCCUUAAGAAUGUCUUUGUCUCCCGUCGGCCGGGACAAUCCAGAUCGUCGGUGACGAAAGGAUCUUCCAACGAAGCUGCCGAGGCGGCAGCGUUGCGACAUGCAGACUUAGAGUCUCCAGAUGUGGAAGAAGACGACGGCAACUAUACGCAGUUCGACGUAACCAUUAGCACGGUGAACGUCACCCUGUCAUUCAUAAAAUGGUGGAAUGGCAAGGGGCUGUUGAAGGACGUCGAAGUGAAGGGCGUCCGUGGUGUUGUGGACAGGACCUCACUCGAAUGGUCAGUGGAAGGGGAAGACCCCUUAUCCUACAGGCAUGAACAUAACCCGGGCGACUUUGAGCUGGAUUACUUCAAGAUGGAAGACCUCCUCGUCACCGUCCACCAACCCGCGGGCUUCCGGCCUUUCCCCGUCUCCAUCUACUCCUGCGAACUCCCCCAGCUGCGUAAACAGUGGCUCUUUUACGACUUCCUAUCAGCCAACCAUAUGUCUGGGUCAUAUGACGGCUCUCUUUUCACCAUUCAUCCCCGGCAGGUGCACGGGGUUGCGGCCAAUGACAACGGGGCUCACGUCGACAACCCGACGGCCUGGAAGAAGUUCUCUCGCUUGCGCAUCGAUGGACUUAAGAUAGAUCACCUGAAUCGCGGUGUUGAGGGCCCCUUUGGAUGGAUCUACGAGGGGAAUGUCGACAUCGUGGCGGACGUCAUGUUCCCGGCCGAUGUGGAAGAUGGUAUCGGCAAGGUCGUCGCCGAGUUCUACGACAAGAUGGAGGAGGCCGUCACAAGCAACCGCUAUGUCCGGAUGCUGGACAAUAAUGGCGCCCGGGCUCGUCAAGCAGAGGCAGACUCGAUCGACGACCCCAGACUUGGCAUCUCCGUGGACCUCGACGCGCCCGAGACACGCCCCCUAAGCUUCCAGCAGCCAUCCGGCCAGCCUCUCACGCCCGACGCCCUCACGGCAAACCUCUCCCCAACCGAGGAGGCCGAGGAGGCACCAUCCUACCUCGUCAUGGACCUCCGCGUCCACCUCAACGACGUCCGCGCCGCCGUCCCGCUCUUCAACAACCCGCACAUGAGCUACGUCAACCAGGCGCUCGUGCGGCCCAUCGUGGCGUACAUCAACGCCAAGCGCACCUACAUCCCCGUCAACUGCCGCAUCGUCAAGCGGCUCGCCGACUUUGACGGCUCCUGGGGCGUCUACGACUGCGGCCUCAUGGACGACCUGUCCGCCGAGGUGUACGCCGCGUUCGCGCGCAACGUCGAGGACCAGCAGAGCCGCGUGAGGCGCUUCAAAAGGGUCGGGCUGUGGACUGUCAGCCUGGUCGUGCACGCCUUGCUGGCCGGCGUGGCGGGGGACCUGAUGUAAGGGAGGACUGUAGGAAAAACUGUACGUGUUACGCCUGGGCAUUGUUAACAAUAUCUCUCUCCUCUUUAUUAUUUUCUGUACUACCUCGCCCCGUGUGGGCUCAUGUUUGCGGGAAAUUGGCGUCAAUCAGGAUGGAAUUGGUCAACAUGGCAAUGUUGUAAAGGGGUUCAGCACAAUCGAUACCCCAGGGCUGUACAUACACAUACAUAUAUAACAGUCGAGCAAGGAGGAACAAUGUAUAAAAGAAGCACACGCUUGACGUUGGCCCAGCUGCGUCAAGUACACCGUCAAAGUGCGGAAUGUUGUGUCCAUAUGCGAUGCGAAAAUCACGUCUAGUUGG